AAUAAAGAAAGAAAAUAGUUUCUAAAUACCGAAAAUAAAAAAAUUUCGGACAAGAUUCCAAUAGAUUCUCAUAGCGGUACCAGAAGAAUUACAUUGGCGGCCGCGAAAUGGCACAAAACUCAAGGACAAGGGAUCAGAUAAGAUGAUUUACCGCCAUUUAAGAUUGAACCCAUUUCGCUUCAGCAGCAGCUUAGGCAUAGUCGGUAACCAUUUCUUCAGCUUCCCUGCGGUUAAAUUUUGCUCCACAGGAGUAGGCAUGGCGUCAUUAGCAACAGCAGAAGUCUGCGAUACCAACGCGGCACUUCUGGCAAGUGGUGAGUUACGGGUACUGCAGCCCGUAUUCCAGAUGUACGGACAAUGCCGUUCCUUCUCUGGGCCCAUCGUGACUCUGAAAGUGUUUGAGGACAAUGUAUUAGUUAGAGAAACUCUUGAAACCAAAGGGGAAGGUAGAGUGCUAGUAAUAGAUGGUGGGGGAAGCAUGAGAUGCGCCUUGGUUGGUGGAAACCUUGGACAGUUAGCCCAGAAUAUGGGAUGGGCUGGAAUUGUGGUCAAUGGCUGCAUCCGCGAUGUCGAUGAGAUCAAUGCCUGUGAUGUUGGGGUUAGAGCAUUGGCGUCACACCCCCAGAAAUCGUACAAGAAAGGCGUCGGGGAAAAAGGAGUGCCUGUUCAUGUUGGAGGAACCUUGAUUAGGAAUGGGGAAUGGUUGUAUGCUGAUAGUGAUGGUAUCAUCGUUUCAAGGACAGAGCUUUCUGUUUGAUUCGAAUGCAAUUGCAAAUUUGCAGGCAAUUUGAUUGUGACUUAAUCAAUCCAUCAGAAAUAAGUGUCAUAAUUUGUGGUUUUUACCUCAUGAAAUGUUGAACAUUCUUUUCCCCUUAAAAAGACGACUCCUCUUUCAAGGAUCUUUUCUACUUCUUGUUGUAAAGUCCAAAGUAGGUAAUUUUUGUUUUUGUUUCUUUUUUUUUUAUAUAUUCCCAUAAAAAGUUACCGGAAACAUACAUCAUGAU